AUGGCCUCCAACCAGGAGCAGGCGAGCUACCGCGUCGGGGAGGCCAAGGGCCACACCCAGGAGAAGACGGGGCAGGUGAUGGGCGCGGCCAAGGACAAGGCGUGCGAGGCCAAGGACCGGGCGGCGGGCCUGGCGGGGAACGCGUCCGGCAAGGGGCAGGGCGCCACUGACGCCGCCAGGCAGAAGGCCGGCGAGGCCAAGGACAAGACGUCCGAGACGGCGCAGGCUGCAAAAGACAAGGCGGCUGGCACGGCGCAGGCCGCCAAGGACAAGACCGUCGAGAGCAAGGACAACACCGGCAGCUUCCUUGGCGAGAAGACGGAGGCGGCCAAGCAGAAGGCGUCUGAGACGGCGCAGUACGCGCAGGAGAGGUCCUCCGACGCGGCGCAGUACGCCAAGGAGUCCGCCGUCGCCGGCAAGGACAAGACCGGCGGCGUGCUGCAGCAGGCCACUGAGACGGUGAUGGGCGCGGUGGUGGGCGCCAAGGACGCGGUGGUGAACACGCUGAGCAUGGGCGGCGACAACACCACUGGCAAGGACACCAGCAGCACCACCGGCAAGAUAACCGGCAGGAAUCACUAG